AGUCGUCUGUCACUUAACUAGUAAACACAGAGUUGUUUUGAACGUUGCUGACAAUAAUACAGACGAGGUAUAUAAAAGAUAAGCCGCAUUUUGUGUGAAGGAUUGCAGCGUGCGCGUGAACAAAGGCCCGUCGAAAAGGUGCGCACAAUGCGUAACUCCACAAUACCACCUUAAAUAUCCCGCGCGCAUCAGCGCAGAGCCGUAGCGGAGGCUUCUCGUUGCGAACAGUCCACCUUAAGCGCACAUAGUGGGUAAACGCAGGCGUAGAGCGAGGCUUCCGCUUCAUUCACAGCCGGGCUUGGAGCGGAUCGCAGCCCUUCACAGCGUCACUUCGGAGACGAGAGAGGCGCUCGGCCAAAGCUGACCGAACCGGUACCACAACAUGUCGGAGCCAAAAUACCGAGAAUGGAUCUUGGAAACCAUCGACUCCCUGCGCUCGAGAAAAGCUCGACCGGACCUGGAGAGGAUUUGCCGAAUGGUCCGAAGGAGACACGGGUCAGACCCGGACCAAACCAGGGCUGAACUGGAAAAACUGAUCCAGGAACAAACUGUGCUCAAAGUUAGCUACAAAGGCUCGAUUUCGUAUCGCAACGCCGCUAAAGUGCAAAGAAAAUGCAGAAAACGGAUCGAGCAAAACAGCGGCGAGUCUGUGGCUGAACAAACCAAACACGCCAAUUUCAAUAAUAACGGCGACAGUGCGCACAGUCUCACGGACCAGGAGGAGGGCGAAGAUAGAGAGCCCGAGAGCCCGUGUUCUGACCCCGUGCCCCAAACCUCCCUCUCCGCUCAUGAAAAGGGAGAAAAUGUUUCGCCAGUACCUAGCGGAAACAGUUUUGUUAGUUGUGGCGCAACGGGCUGCUCCGUCGGGAGCGUCAAGGCAAGUGCAUCGAAAGACAACAGAUUAAUCACUCAGGCGGGGGUUAACGGCUCCGCUCUUCGCAGCGAUCACGGAGCGAACGUUUCGAGCGAUGCUUCAAGUGCGAGCAGACGGGCCGAAGGAGAAAACGCGCUCGGUGUUGCCCACGAGGAGGGGAGCAGUAAUGAAAAGGAACAGAAAACUUGCUCGAGCGCCAGUUCGGCCGUCAUCAGUACGCCUCCGAGAAACAAGCUCCCCUCGCCCCCAAAACCCAAACUCAAGGUGGGGGCAAAGGGGUCCGGGGCGAGCUGCUCGGAGUCUCCGGAGGAGAAGAGUAUCGAUCUAGGCGACAGACUGGUUGCCGCGGUCCGAAGUAUGUCCGAGAGACACCGGGGCUCCGUCGCAACACGGGGCCACGCGCCACUGGGACUUAAAGAAAUACUCGGCUACCUCAGCACGCAAAGCGGGGUGCCCGGGGAAAAGCUGACCCGCAACCGCGUCCGAGUGGUGCUGGAGCGCGAGAUCGAGAGGGGUCGCCUCCGCAGAACGCGCCUCGGCCACAUCACUCUUCUCGCGAGGGGGAUGGGGGCGGCCAAGCCGUCCGCGCGACUCCUGAAAAGCGCACUGCAGGACAGACACCUCGCGAAAAAGGAAGAGGUAAAGGAGGAAGAACAAAUGGAGACAGAAUGUGAAGAGGAUGGAAAAGAGGCAGAUUUAGUAGGAACAGCAGAGGAUGUUCCCAAAGCCAUCACUGAUGGGGGUCUGACAGGUGUCAAAGCUUGCUCUGACCCAAUCUCAACUGACAUGGAGGUCGAGACUGAUAAUGGCAGCAUAUCAACCGUGACGUCUGAGGGGAAAUCCCAACCAUCUUCACUGCUAGAGUCAUCAAACCAAUGCUCCCAACAGGAAGUAGACGUGGGUGGAAGUGAAGAGCAGACAGUGUCUGCUGAGCCUGAGGAUGCUGAUAUUGAGAGCAGUUCGGCUACACCUGAUCAACUACAUCCUAACACAGAGGAUCAUGCAAUUGUAAUGCCAGAGACUGUUAAGGCUCCAUCAUCAAUAGCUAUACGAAACUUUGUGUGUUCCUCGGGCUGUAAGCUGGAAGUGGGAGCGUCAUCAUGUCUGCUGACUCCUUCUGCCUCCCCAGGAGCAGCUGAAGAACGAGGGAUAAAUGAAGGAAUAGGAGGCUUUGUGAAGUUGGAGACAGGUGGUGUGAAUCCCAUUGAUUGGACGGUGGCAGAUGUAGCCAGCUACUUCACUGCGGCUGGAUUCCCCGAGCAGGCGCUUGCCUUCAGGACACAGGAAAUUGAUGGGAAAUCUCUUCUCCUAAUGCAGAGGAGCGAUGUGCUAACAGGCCUGUCAAUCAGGCUUGGUCCCGCCCUGAAGAUCUACGAACGUCACGUAAAAAUUCUCCAGAAGACCCACUUCCAAGAUGAUGAAGCUUUUUGCUGAUAGGCCCACAUGUAUGUUAGCCAUUGUCCGUGAUGAAUGAGCUACUAAUAUCGAACGAUAUUCACUCAUAACAGAUUCCAGAUGUGUACACGGUCAUGCUUAAAACUUUCACUUGCACAAUUACUAAUGAGGAUUUGUCUGCUGCUGAAUACUAAGAACAUUCCAGAAAUCCCACUUCUUUUACACACAGUUGCACGCACACAUGCAGCACUCCUAAAAAAAUGUACAUUAACACGCGAAAACGUGACUGAAAUGAACAAAACAAAAUGGUGGAUAAAGGAUUGGGACAGAAAAGCAGCUGCUCGGACAGUGAACUUUCAUUUCAUCAACUGGAUUUGAUCUCAUUAGUCCAGCAGAGGGCAGAAUGGAUUUUUGUGACCUCCAAAUGAAUUUUUCAUGUUACAGAUGAAUGUUAUGUAACACAAUUUGUUACUUUUCCUCCAGCGGAGAACAAGCUGGUUGUCUUGUUACAUUUUAAGAGGACAAUUCUGAUUGGAUAAUGAAUCCUCAUCUUCAUCGUGAACUUGUUCCUCAAACUUGUUGCAGUGACACUGUAACCCUUGUCGUACCUCAAAUACAGACUGGACUAUUUCCUCCCUGAACUUUACUUCUUAAACAUCCAACGUUCCCAGUGUUCUUGUGUCCUGCACCAUUGUCAUAAAGAAACUCAGAGACUGUAUGCUAAUGCAGAUCUUUUGCACACAAUCAAGUUGUCCUGUCUCACAGAGGAAAUCCCUUUAAAGCCUGCAAGUUACUCCUUUAAUCGUAGAUUUGCCAUCCAUAGCGUUCUGCCAUCCGCAGCUAUGUGUACAUUUUAAGGUGAAGUCCAAGUUGCAAAGAUUGAAUUCCUUCACCAGCAGGUUUAUAAUGUAUGUCCACAGAUGCACGGGGAUAUGUCUUGAAGGAAAUCUCAAACAUCUUUAUAACAUAAAAGACAUUGCUGUCUAAAGCCUUUAGCUUUAUUGUCAUAUCUGUUUAUUCAUGAAGCAGCACCAUGUGGACUUAAAAUGGAUCUCAUAAAU